UAUGAUAACCAAGAAUGGAAAAACAAAGUUAGAACAAGUUUAAAAUAAUUUUGAGACUUACAAUGCAAUAGUAAAAUAAGAGUUAUUAGAAGCUAUAGAUUGGAUUAGAGAAUGGGGAUUUUCUAGAAGUCUUGGGUUAGGCACAAGAAUACCUUGGGAUAAGAAAUAUUUGAUUGAAUCAUUUUCAGAUUCAACUAUUUAUUUUGCUUAAUAUACUGUUGCACAUUAUUUGUAAGGAGAUUUAAAUGGAAAAAUUCCAGGGCUUACUGGCUUCAUUGUAAAUCAAAUGACAAUUCCUGUUUAUCAUUAUUUAUUUUUUGGGGAAAGACAGUGA